AUGCCGAGGAGAGGCUCAGGUCGUGAGCGCAUUUGGCAGAGCCCGAAUGCGCCAGAGUCAUCACAGUCAUUUGAGAGAGAACUGUUUAUUUCGGCAGAGGAGGGAGAGGGCCCUUUGGAGGAGGUCCAGGGCAAGGAGGGAACUGAGCGCCGACGGAAGGCAUCUUGGACAGAGUUGUGA